UUGUCUGUUGACAGGAUUGUGUCCGAGACGCGGAGGGACUUGAACGGAUGGACUGCCCGAUCCGACCGGAGGAUCUGAUGAGUGACGUUGAGCCCCUGCCCCUCUCCGCGCCCUGCUCUGCCCCCGCCAGCCCCCGCACCGGCCCAGCCGCGGCCCCCCGCUCGCUGCCCGCCAGCCCGCGCUCGGCUCUCUCCCCCUCCUCCUCCCUGGUCACGGCCAGGCUGUACGCGUCGCUGCAGACCUGCCGGCAGCUGGAAGCGGGCCGCCGCCUGGCGUUAGAGAUCGCAGCCGGAGACAGGGGCAGCGCACAGAUCCAGGCGGGUGCCCGCCGGGAACCCUCGGGCAAGCACGGCGGCAGUGGGCGACCAGCGAGAGACGGUCCUCGCCCUGCCUCUGCCCCGGCCUCUUCCUCCACAUUCUCCUCACAACCCGAUCGAAGAGACGCAGAGCUCAGUUCUUCGUCUGGCCCGCAACACUCCCGCUCCAACAGGGCUGCUUCUGCAAUCCCCGGCUCACAGCCCCUCAUCCUGUCCACGGACUGUCCCCCGGGGUCGCGAUCGUCAGUGGACACCCUCACCUCCCGACACCCGGGACUGGCCCGAACCUACAAGGACGUGGCCUCGAUCGAACGCUUGGCCCCACCGGACCUGGAGGAGCUGGCCCUGGAGAUGACCCAGAAACUGUCCAGGAGGUUGGAAACCAGCAGUGCGCACAAGGCUGGAUCCAGGCACAUCUCGGAGAUGGAGUCGGUGAGAUCCCACCUUCAGAGCAUGCUGAGAUUUUCUCAGGAUCUCACUGAGAGGAACGACGCUGUCAGUCUGGGCGAUCAGCAGCAAAGGGACAACGACUCGUUUGGGAGCGACUGCACCAGCACCCUGCUCAGAGCAAAACCAUUCCAGGAGAUCUCCGUGUCCCCGCCAGCGUCCAUCCUGGGACUGGACGAGGCUGCACUCUUUCCCCGGUAUUCCCGGAUGCAGCUUGGGAUGAGGGCGGGAUCGGUGGCUGAAUCGUCCCUCUACGAGUAUCAGAUCGUGAGGGACACCCUGGACAAGGAGCGCACGAGGAGAAAGCACUGUGAAAAACAGAUCCAGGCCCUGCAGAACAAGAUCCUGGCCCUCCAGCAGCAACUGGCUGUGGCAGUGUCGGCCGACCGGAAGAAGGACAUCAUGAUCGAGCAGCUGGAUAAGACUCUGGUGAAGGUGGUGGAGGGCUGGAAGAAGCACGACGCGGAGAGGAGCGAAACCAUGAGGCAGCUGCAGGAGGAGCACGAGGCUGUGGAGCGGGAGCGGGGCGAGCGCCAGCAGGCCGUGUUGAACUUUGAGCACCAUCUGUCCCAGGCAACCCAAGCGCUGGCGAAGGAACAAGAGGAGAAGGAACAGUUGGAGAAGGAGAGGGGCUUGCUGGAGGAGGAGGCCCAGAGGCUCGGCGAGGUUCUGGAGGCAGAGCAGCGACACGGCCUGGCACUGCAGGCCGAAUGUGACAAGGCGGAGGGCGGGCGGCUGCAGGAGCGCAAGCAGGCCGAGGCCCUGCGCGCCCAGCUGCGGGAGGAGUGGGACACCCACGAGCAGCGGCAGCAGCAGCUGGAGCAGAGGAGCAGCCAGCGACAGGCCGAGCUGCAGCAGGAGGUGGAGAAGGAGCGGGCGGCCAGACAGCAAGAGGCGCAGCGAGCACAGGAUGCGCAGCAGGUGUUGUCGGCUGUCCAGACCGAGAUGCAGCGGCUGGAGGGUGAAUUGGACGGCGUCAGUCGCGAGAAGGAGAGCCUGCAGAUGGAGCUGAGCCUCGUGAAGGCACGCUUCGAGUCGCAGAGAGUCAAGGCUGAGACGGAGUUUAAGGUGGCGCUGGAGCAACAGGUGACUGAGCGACUGACGACCAUGCACGAGGACAGCAGCCGUCAGAUGGCUGCCAUCCGGGAGCAGCACAGGAAGCAGGUCAUGGAGCUGGCCACCCAGCACGAGCACGAGAUGGGCAGGCAGCUGGCACAGUUCAAGCUGGAGGUGCAGGAGCGAGAGGAGAAGCAUCGGCACGUGAUGGAGGGCUACGAGCUGAGGUUGGCAAAGGAGCAGGAGGAGACGGGCAGGCUGCUGGCCGUGAGGCGGAAGCUGGAGGUGCAGAGGAGCGAGAUGGUGUCCAAGCUGCAGGCCAUGAUGCAGUCUCACUGGAACGAAGCGUUGAAGGUGCUGAUGUCUGAAAGCCUCUCCCACGGCCCCCAGCGACUGCAGGUAGGAGAGAGGCUGCAGCUCGCUGUCCUCCAGGGCUGCCCAGGGUAGAUGGGUUGGUUUAGAGAGAU